AUGUCUGUUGUUGAAGCUGUUCUUCAAACGCUUUCUGCGCUUAAAUUUGAAAGCACCACUGCCGAUCAAUCCGAUGCUCGUCCAACAACAUUUGACAAUGAAACACUAGAAACUGCUGAAAAAUUGCGUGUAUUUCAUUCCCUCCCGACAAUUGGUAAAACCUUGGGUCCUGAAGAGUGCCAGAAAACGCUUAUUCCCAUUCUGAGCGAUCUCGUGCAAAAAGCUAUCGGGGCAGGUGAUGAUGAAGUUCUCAUGGUGAUUGCUCAAAAAUUGCCAGAUUUGGCGGAAGCCUUAGGAACUGAUGGAGAGGGAUCUAGUUCAUUAAUACCCAUAAUUUCCGAUAUUUUGGUGUUUGUGGAAGAAAUUGUUGUGGUUCAAGCAGCCGCUGAUGCCUUUUGUGCUAUUUUACCUCGUAUGUCCGCUGAUCAAAUUGAGAAAAAAGCUCUGCCCCUGAUACGAAAACUGCAUGAGGCUAAUGAUCCUCUCAAGGCCUGA